AUGAAGGAACGAGGGAUGCAGGGCCACGGGCACGCUGACGUGGAGCUGGGCCACGCGCCCAGUAAGAAGCCUGGGCGAAGCAGCUUGGAUUACUUCGGAUGCGGCGACUCGGUCAGCGUCGGCCUCGUCGUGACGUUCAAGGACGUGUCGUACACCGUGAACCCCGGAAAGAAGAACGAGCUGCGCAUCCUCAACGGCAUCACGGGCGCGCUCCUCCCCGGCCGCAUGACCGCGCUCAUGGGGCCCAGCGGGUCGGGCAAGAGCACCCUCCUGGACGUGCUCGCGGGGCGCAAGACGUCGGGCGUGAUCGACGGCGAGGUCGCGUACGGCGGCGAGACCGCGUCGCCCGCCUUCAUGAAGCGCUACACGGGGUACGUCGAGCAGACCGACACGCUGCUGGAGAACCUCACCGUGGAGGAGAUGCUGCAGUACCAGGCGCACCUCAAGCGCCCGCACACCGAGGCCGCCGAGGACAAGCAGCGCGCCGUGGACGCGAUGAUCCGGUACCUCAAGCUCGAGAAGGCGCGCGGGACGAUCAUCGGCGGCGCGACCGCGCGCGGCAUCUCCGGCGGGCAGGCCAAGCGCGUCAACAUCGGCAUCGCGCUCAUCACGGAGCCGCGCGUGCUCUUCCUGGACGAGCCGACGAGCGGGCUGGACAGCUACACGAGCGACGAGGUCAUGGCGGUCGUCAAGGGCCUGACGCACAGCGGCGUCACCAUCUGCAGCACGAUUCACUCCCCCAGCGCCUUCACGUUCGCGCUGUUCGACGAGCUGAUCAUGCUCGGGUCGGGCAGGGUCAUCUACUCGGGCGCCGCGGGCAAGGGCAUGACCGGGUACUUCACGUCCCUCCCUGACGUGGCGCUGCCCGCGCAACGCGAGGAGGAGUCGACGGUGGAGUGGCUGGUGCGCGUGACGACGGCGGACGAGAGCACGCAGGAGAUGGACUUCGCCGCGAAGUGGGAGGGCAGCGCCGCGCGGGGGGCGCACCUGCAGCGCGUCGCGGAGCUCGAGGGCCCGCAGGCGCUGGGGACGCGCACCCUGUCGAUGCGGCAGAUCGUCGAGCGCGACGCGGGGGCGGCGCGGAGCCGGGCCGGGACGACGGUGCCGAUGUGGUACGCGUUCUACACGAUGGCGCGGUUCCGCGCGCGCGCGAACUACAAGAGCGCGCCGCACGUGAUGGCGCGCACAGGCGACAAGAUCCUGACGACGCUCGUGGUCAUGUCGCUCUUCUUCGCCCAGGGCGACGACGUCGACACCCCCGGGAGCGUCUCGAACACCGCGGCGAUCCUCUUCAUGGGCGGCGUGCUGCCGAGCUUCGGCGCGGGCACCUUUCUGCCAUCCAUCGUGCUCGAGCGCGCGCUGUUCUACCGGGAGCGCGCCGACGGGUGCUACUCGACCCUCACCUACGUUCUCUACAAGUUCGCCGAGGAGUUCGUCCUCAGCGUGCCCUUCUCCGUCGCCUUUUGCCUCCUGCUCUUCUACCCGCUGCAGCUCCUCGGGAGCUUCGCGGCCUUCUGGCUGAUCUACCUCAUGACGCUGUCCGUCGGCACGGCCUUCGCGUACCUCGUCGCGUCGGUGAGCCCGACCCUCGACGCGGCGAACGGGAUGCUUGCCAGCAUCGUGGUGAUCUUUUUGUACCUCGCGGGGUUCAUCGUGCGAAGGGACGACAUCCCGUCGUACUACAAGUGGCUGCACCACGUCGACUGGAUCAGCUUCACGUGGGGCGGCCUCAUGCGCAACCAGUUCGAGGGCGUCACCGACCGCAUCAUCCCGGGCGAGGGCGGCGCGCAGACCCCGCUGGCCUUCUUCGACCUGGACGGCAGCUUCCCGCCGAGCAAGUGGGGCUGCGUCGGGGUCCUCUGCGGCUUCGUCGGCCUCUUUCUCGCGCUCACGGUGCUCACCAUGUCCAAGGUCAACAUGAUUCAGCGAUAA